UAUAAGGUCACUCACGCACAUGGCGGACGAAGUAUAUAUAGAGAGAGAAAGAAGAAAGUGUAUUCAGUUGUUAAUGGUGUUUAUCUUUUUGUACUUUUUAGUGAGCGAUUCGUUCAUUACUAAGCCAUUUCUGAGUUUUCCGGCGAUAGAAUGGUGAAGUUUUACCGAUGAAUGACCUUAUCAUCAGAUCCUUUUCGUCGUUAACAGCACCGGAGUUUCCCAAACCCUAACAAUCAUCGGAGAAAUGCAUUUCUAAAUUCAGAAGCAUACAAGUGGAUAUUAUAAGUCCAGACUACAGAUCAUUCCGACGAUGAGAUUUAUUCUGUAGUGAGGCUUGAUGCUGGUCUUUCAUUCCUUUUUGAUGGUUAGCAUUUGACCAAGGAUACAAGAAGUACUUUAGGAUUGUGGAGAAGUAAUAAGUCAGCAAAGAUGCUGUUCAACAAAGACAUUGAAGGUCUGCGUGAUGAUGGCUUUGAUGGGUCAGGGAAUGAGACACAGAUGUUUGCAAAUGUGCACUUUGGAAAUGAGGGUGAUACUAAAAAGUGUCUUGUGACCGGAAUGAUCGACUUUGAGGGCGACCUUACUAGCCAGACAGAUGAACCUGGACAUUUGUGUGGUGAAAAUUUUGUUUUGACAGUACAUCAUGAUUCUCAUGACAUUAAGGAAGAUUCUGGAGAAGACCCUUGUGAACGAGAGCUAACCAAUAAUCAUGUGGAAAAGGAAUCGGAACCAUUACCUGCCUUGGACAUAGUACCUGCAGAUAUAACUCCGCAACCUUCUUCCUGCCCUUCUUUGAAUGUAAUUUGUCACGUAGUUGAAUCUUCAAACCAAGGUGUUAAAUCAAGUUCUUAUUUGCAGAAGCGGCACAAUGUGCUGGACAAAAGUCAUGUGCUUGGUGAAAUGGAGUCAUCAGUAUUAAGAUCAUCUAAAAUUGAAGGAAAUGGAUGGAAGGAUGUUGUUGGUAAAGGAAUUGCAUCACCUCCUUCUCAGGAGAGCUAUGCAAUUGGCAGUGCUGCGAAGUCAUCAGGAAUUCUUAGACCUAGCAAGCCUAAAUGGAGGGACCAUUGCUUUGUAGAACUGGAUGAAUCUGAAUUGCUAACGAUUAAGGAUUCUCCAAAUGACCCUCGCCCUCUUCUACGGCACCACAUCCAUCGUUUGCUCAGAGCAGCAGGGUGGGUAAUCGGGAGGCGUAAACGCAAUAAUAAAUUUCAUGGAAUUGGUGAGUAUGUUUACAAGUCACCUGAAGGAAGACCAAUUCGUGAAUUCUGGAGAGCCUGGACCUUGUGUGGACAGAGUUUGCUUACUUAUGCAGAUGGUAUUUUUCCAGAAAAGGAUUGUACUUUGUGGUCUGAUAUGACACAAUUUUUGAGUGACCUCUCAGUUUCAGUGAAGGAGAUUGAUAAAGAACUGGCUACCUUGGAAACAGCUUCUGCAUUGGCUCGGCUUUGGAGUCUUCUCGAUCCUUUUGUAACUGUGGUGUUCAUUGACAAGGCAUUGCGCUCUCUCAAAGAAGGAAAAACAAUUAAAGCCAAAAUGACUUUGGCCACUGCUCCUGUUAAAAAUAACAUAAAGAAUGUAGACGACACAGGAAAUCUGUUUGCUGAUGAGAGGACUUUGCAGAAUCAGCCUUGCAGCUCAUCUUUUGUCUCAGAUAGUGCAUUGAAUGAGACAGAUAAAUGGAUCCACGAGGACUAUGGUGAUGAAAGUUCACUCAACUUAACAGAGCCCCAGAUGGGUGAAGGCAAAUGUAUGAAUGGUGUAUCUUGUGAUUAUCCUAAUGAAAGAUCCAUGUGCUUAAGAGAUACUGUCAGUGAGGGUGCUAAUAAAUACAGAAAACUCUUAAAAAAUGGUAAUGAUCUACCUGAAUUAGCUCCUUUACCAUCUUGUGGACCUGAAACAAAUGGUGAACAAGAAUAUUGUUUGUUCGAAGUUCCCAUUUGUUCAGAAAAUGCACUAACCUCGAUUGGAGGAUCUGAUAAUAUGACCAAAUCUCUGACAAUAAUUUCCGAUGGUAUACCUCAUGCAGAAAGUUCAGUCUUGAAAAGGAAGGUCCUGAAGAAAUCAAAGAAGUUAUCAGAAAUGGAAUCCGCUAAUGGCCAAGAUGACCAGUGUGAUCCAUCUGGUAGGAAGAGUGGAGUUCAUGAAGUAAUUACAAGCAAACAAAAAUCUGGGCCAAAGAAACGUAAGAAAUGCCGUCUUAGUGACGAUGAUCUCUUAAUUUCAGCCGUAUUUAGAAACACGACAUGCAAAUCUGGCAACAAAAGGUCCUCUGGUAAAAUCAAACCUCUAAGGAAAAGGAAGAACCAGAAAAGUGGUGGUAAGUUGCUUUUACGUAGUCUUAUUAAGGGUGGAAAACACUUCCCCGAAGAAAAAUGGCCUACCUUUGCCUCAAGGACUGUGUUAUCCUGGUUAAUUCAUUCUGGGGUUGUCUCCCUAAAUGAAAUGAUCCAGUACCAGAACUUGAAGGAUGAUUCUGUGGUAAAAACCGGCUAUAUUACCGCUGAUGGAAUAUCAUGUAAUUGCUGUGACGAGGUCCUAUCCAUCUCUAGCUUCAAAAAGCAUGCCGGUUUUAAGCACAAUCGCCCCUGUUUGAAUCUUUUCAUGGAGAAUGGUAAGCCAUUCACCUUAUGUCAGCUCGAGGCUUGGUCAGAUGAAUACAAGGCACGGAGGGCAGUUUCUCAAACUUCCCAAGCUGAGGAAAGGGACCAAAAUGAUGACAGUUGUGGGCGAUGUGGUGAUGGAGGCGAACUGAUUUGCUGUGACAAUUGUCCAGCUACAUUUCAUCUAGCUUGUUUGUUCACACAGGAGCUUCCUGAAGGGAGUUGGUACUGUUCACAAUGCACGUGCCAGAAAUGUGGGGACGUGGUUAGAUGUAGUGAAUCAAGUUCUCCUGGUGGAUAUAAAUGUUCACAAUGUGAACAUAAAUAUCAUGAAGCAUGCAGUGAUUUAAGGAUUACAAAAACUGGUCUGGCCUCUGAUACAUGGUUCUGCAGCGAAAGCUGUCAAGAGGUUUAUGAAGGUCUUCACUCUCGCAUUGGGUUCGUUAAUCAUCUGGCUGAUGGCUUUUCAUGGACAAUUCUGAGGUGCAUUCUCGGUGACCACAAAGUUCAUUCUCAGCGGUUCAUUGCUUUGAAGGCAGAAUGCAACUCAAAGUUAGCAGUUGCCCUUACGAUUAUGGAGGAGUGCUUUCUUCCCAUGGUGGAUCCAAGAACUGGCAUAGAUAUGAUACCCCAUGUGAUAUACAGCUGGGGAUCACAAUUUUCUCGGUUAAAUUAUCUUGGAUUCUACACGAUGAUCCUGGAGAAAGAUGACAUAUCAGUAGCUGUAGCAUCAGUAAGGAUCCAUGGGGUAACAGUUGCUGAGAUGCCUCUAAUUGCAACAUGCAGUAAAUACCGCCGCCAGGGAAUGUGCAGGCGCCUACUAAAUUCUAUACUGGAGAUGCUAAAGUCGUUCAAGGUUGAGAAACUUGUCAUAUCAGCUAUUCCAGGUUUAGUGGAAACAUGGACUUGUGGCUUUGGCUUUGAACCCUUGGAAGAUCACGAGAAACGAAGUCUAAGUCAUAUCAACCUCAUGGUGUUCCCUGGAACUGUAUGGUUGAAGAAGUCUUUGUUUCAAGCUGCUGAUGCAGAUCAACCGAGUGUUUGUCCGGGUGAAAAUGGCCUCACCAUUAUCGAGCCCAUGCAACAUUGCGUGCCAUCUCAAGAUGGAGCUGAUGUCAGAGACCCACCUCAGUCUGAGAGUUUGCAAUUCUGUGAAGAUGAAGGUGGUAGUAAUCAGGAGCUUGGGCAAGGCUAUGAAGGAAACACCAUUAAUCCAGAGCAUCAAACCGAAACCAGGCUGCCGGAGUCAAAUGAUUUGCAACCAGUGGAAGUGCUGUGUGUUGUUGAUGCUCUGCCUAGCAAGUGCUCAAAACUCUCCGAGGAACCGGUUCUGACGUAUAUCAGCCAUGGGGAAGCAGGUUGUAGAGUAGAUAAUUUGCAGAUGAAUGUGGAUAGUCAUUUUUGUUUAGAUGAAGUGAAUUAAUGUGUUGUAGGGGAAUGUGUAAUGACGUUGAUAAUUUAUAAUUUCGUAGCUAUACACCAGUGACUUUGUCAAGCAGGAUAAAAAAAAUAAGCAAAACGAUGCGGAAAAUGAAAAUUUUGGG